CUUUGUCACUCCAUUCAAACCUCUCUCAUCCCAAACUCUCUCCUGUAUAUAUACCCUCCCCUCCCCCUCUUCCUCCUCAUCACCCCUCCUCUCUCUCCCUCUCUCCCAACGCCAACGGCAACGCGAUCGUUCCAUUCUCCCAUCCCAACUCGGCAAUUCGCCACGCAAACCUUCGAAUUGGUACCAGUCAUCUCAUCUUUCGCGAUGCGAACUCUCACAGCAUGGUCCUCUGCUUCUUCUUCUUCUGCUUCCAUACACCGCGGCGGCCUCGCCGCGGCGGCGGGGCCGAGGACGCCGCGCAAUUCGGUCCGGUUCGCGCCCCGCGUGGCGGAGGCGUCAGCGGCCGCGGACUCGGUCCUGAGCGCGCCCACGAGCACCGUGGGCCACGUGCCGCCGAAGCCGACGGGCACAGUCCCCAUUGCCCCCGCGCCGGCGCGGCGUAGUACCAACAAGGCAGAGGAGUUCGGCGAGGAGAAAGGCUUCAACUUUCUGCAGCGCGCGGCCGCGGCGGCGCUGGACGCGUUCGAGGCGGGGUUCAUCACGAACCUGCUCGAGAAGCCGCACGCGCUCCCAAGCACGGCCGACCCCGCCGUGCAGAUCGCCGGGAACUUCGCGCCCGUCGGGGAGCAGCAGCCGGUGCGGGCGCUCCCGGUCUCCGGGCGCAUCCCGCCCUUCAUCAACGGUAUGUACGCGCGCAACGGCGCAAACCCGCACUUCCAGCCCACCGCUGGGCACCACCUGUUCGACGGCGACGGCAUGGUGCACGCCGUCCGCAUCCGCAACGGCGCCGCCGAGUCCUACGCGUGCCGGUUCACCGAGACCGCGCGCCUCAGGCAGGAGCGCGCGCUCGGGCGGCCCGUCUUCCCCAAGGCCAUCGGCGAGCUCCACGGCCACUCCGGGAUCGCGCGCCUCGCGCUCUUCUACGCGCGCGGUCUUUGCGGCCUCGUCGACCCCACACACGGCACCGGCGUCGCCAACGCCGGGCUCGUCUACUUCAACGGCCGCCUCCUCGCCAUGUCCGAGGACGACCUCCCGUACCAGGUCCGCGUCACCGACGACGGCGAUCUCGAGACAGUCGGCCGAUACGACUUCGACGGCCAGCUCGGCUGCGCCAUGAUUGCGCAUCCCAAGCUGGACCCGGCCUCCGGCGAGCUCUUCGCGCUCAGCUACGACGUGAUCAAGAAGCCGUAUUUGAAGUACUUCUACUUCAAGCCCGACGGCACCAAGUCCCCUGAGGUGGAGAUCGAGCUGGACCAGCCCACCAUGAUCCACGACUUCGCCAUCACCGAGAACUUCGUCGUCGUGCCCGACCACCAGGUGGUGUUCAAGCUCGCCGAGAUGUUCCGCGGCGGCUCCCCCGUGGUGCUCGACAAGGAGAAGACCUCCCGCUUCGGCGUGCUGCCCAAGUACGCCAAGGACUCGUCGGAGAUGGUGUGGGUGGACGUGCCGGACUGCUUCUGCUUCCACCUCUGGAACGCGUGGGAGGAGCCGGAGACCGACGAGGUGGUGGUGGUGGGGUCCUGCAUGACACCAGCCGACUCCAUCUUCAACGAGUCAGAGGAGGAGCCCCUCGAGAGCGUGCUCACCGAGAUCCGGCUCAACACGCGCACUGGCGAGUCAGCGCGGCGCGUCGUGCUGCCGCCGUCGAGCCAGGUGAACCUGGAGGUGGGUAUGGUGAACCGCAACAUGCUGGGCCGCAAGACGCGGUACGCAUACCUCGCCGUCGCCGAGCCGUGGCCCAAGGUGUCCGGGUUCGCCAAGGUAGACCUGGCCACCGGCGAGCUGACCAAGUUCGAGUACGGCGAGGGCCGGUUCGGCGGCGAGCCCUGCUUAGUGCCGACCGAGGGCGCGCCCGCCCGCGGCGAGGACGACGGGUACAUCCUCUCGUUCGUCCGGGACGAGCGCGCUGGCACCUCGGAGCUCCUGGUCGUGAACGCCGCCGACAUGCGUCUGGAGGCCACCGUCCAGCUGCCCUCCCGCGUCCCGUACGGCUUCCACGGCACAUUCGUCGCCGCCAGUGAGCUCGAGGCCCAGGCCUGAGCUCCGAGCAGAGCAACCAACCAACCAUGGUUUCUUGAUUCCUUGGUUCUUCUUUCCACCUCCCCGAUCCAUCGCUGCUCCACUCCACUCCUGGCUUCUUGGAGCUGCCUGGAAGCAGAGGAGGGAGACGGACGAAGCAGGGGAGGAGAAAUUGGAGGGAACGGCUUUACCAGAGGGAGCCUGAGGCGUACAUAGGAGAUCCCCGGAGCCUUGUCCCCCAUGCAUUGCACACAGUCAUUCUCACAGUUACAGUUAUUAGCGGUUACCAUUGGUUACUUUCUCUUUCCCAUGUGUUUUACAUGGUUAGUCGAUCACACUAGAGAGAAGGGGCCAGCUUGCAGCUUUUGCACCGGUGUGCUUGUACAGAAGGGUGCCAACAGCUCAGCUGGUCUCUGUUUCACCUUCUCCUUCCUGCCUGGAGAUGGUAGUAGUAGUAGUAGAUAGUGAUUGUAAUACCCUAGUAUUGUUAGAAAUGCUGAUAUUGAUUGCAGGCCUCGUGUGAGGAUAAAGUUUGAUUUUUAAA